AUGGGCAGCCACCCCGCGGGCAUCACCGUCGACGCCGUGCGCGAGCAGCUCGCCGCGCUCGGCCACGAUGACGUCAGCGACGACGUCAUAGCGUCGUUCCUCGACUCGCUGCGCCAUCAGGUGAACGUCGCGCCGGCACCCGUCGAGAACGUCGCGGCGGCGAACGGCGCCGACGACGACGCGCCGCCGCCGCCGGUCGAGAGGACCGACGCGCUGACGCGCGGCCACUCGCCCGAGGCUACCGCCGCGCGCACGCCCGGCGGUACCGAGAGGGCGCCGUGCCUGACGAGCCCCGAGCCCGACGGAACGCGAGAAGGUUCACGGAGAUCUCGAACGACCCCGAAUGAUGACGCCGUCCCGAACCGGCGAGCGACCCCCCCGACCGGCGCUCGACCGGCACCGACGUCGUCCGGCCGGCGCGCCGCGACGAGGAGCGUGGCGCUUGCCAUCCCGACCGUUAUAACGCCCGCGGUGACGCCCGGUGACGCGUCGCGAACACCGCCAAAUCGUUUAUUAACCCCAAAUUCGUCGGCGAGGGGUCACCGCCGCGACCAAUCAAAAUCGCCGAAAGAUUUGGUGCACGAGGACAUCAUCGGGUGGUGCGCCAAGCGAAGCGUCGCGUCCGUCACCCCGGGACGCGUCACGGGCGGUAACACGACGCGUUCUCGACGAAGCGGUCAUAACUCGUCGGUCAUUGCAUCCCCGAUGCCCAUUCGCGCAGGCGUGGGCACUCCGGGUCAGCGCGUGCGCAUCGACAGGGUGGCGCGCGCCGCGCAGUACGCCGCGGUGUGGUCCGGGGACGCGUACCUGGAGCGCAGGCGGGCGGGGGAUCGCGGCGGGGGGGGCAAAUCGGCCGUUACGUCCGUUACGUCGGCGGGUAUCAAGUCGGGCGCCGCCAGCUGUGUCGACUUUUUGGACGCUGACGAGGCGACGGUUUUCGGGACGAGGUCCAAGUUGGCGUACGACCGUUACCCCGACCGUUACCCGGCGGCGUACGACGUCAACGGCGUGCGGGGAGGGAGCUGGGGUCGCGCGCAGCGGAAACUCACCGACGGGACGAACGAGUGGCGCGUGGACGUCGAAAGGGGCGAAAGGGAGAAGGAAAACACUCGGCGGGUUUCGACGAGCGGGUUUUGGGACGAUUCAAAGCGGGGACUCAAAGCGGGUGCGAAAGGGGCGACGGGAAAGGGGUUCAAGACCCCGGAUGAACGCAGGCGAGACGCGCUGCGGUGGGAGGUUCGCGCGCGCAUGGCCGCGCCGCCCACGUUCUGA